CUGAACCCCUAUUUUAAUAGUAACUACCGCUAUAUUGUUGCAUUAGCACCCCAAAUGCUGCAGACAGAACCCACUGAUUGUGUGAGAUGCAUUGUUAUGGAAGGGUUAGAUAGCUGCACAGGGCUGCAAAGGAGGGGGCACUAAACCCUAGUUUUUGGGCUGCCAAUAAGGAAUAUAAGAGAAACCGGUGCAUGUGGAAUGGAGAAUAGAGGAAAGCCAUAAAGAUAACCACAUAGCUGUGAUUGUUACAUGAACUCUGAUGCUUGAAAAAGUGCAAGGACUGGAUGCAUUUACCCACAAGGAAUAAGGACUAUGGACAUGACCAGGGGGCACUGCCAGCUGGCACCACUGCUGUUCCUCGUGGCGCUGGUCUGGGCUGGAUCAUUGGAGCUUGAAGACAGUUGGGAAGCAGGAUCUGGACAGAUGGCAGAAGAGGUGAACGUCCUGGAAUCGCUCACUCUGCAGUCCGCGGAGCUCGUGAACAUCUCUCUCAGUUCGGAACAUUCCUGUCUGUCAUUAGAUAUGGGGCAAUACUCUACUCUCAGUAUCUCCACCAGGGCGGCGUUCGGGGACAGUUUUGCAGAUGAGCUGGCUGUACUGAUCAAGUUACGUUCGACUCUUCAGGAGAACACAGGCCUCAUCACCAUAUUAAGUCUCCAUGGCCAGGUGCUAUUUCAGAUCCGGAUUAGCCCCAGCGCCCUAAUAUUUAUCUCCAGCCGACGUGGGCACUAUGAAUUCCCUGUCCCUUCUUUGACUGAUGGAAAAUGGCACCGGGUGGCGCUUGGUAUCUCCUCCAAAAGCGUUACGCUAUAUGUGGACUGCAAGCUUGUGGAGAAGCUCCCUUGGUCUAAUUUUUUUGGACUCGGGGUCAAAACGGAUGGAAUAUUAAUGCUAGGAGGACUUAUUGAGCCAUAUGAUAUACCCUUUAAGGGAUCCUUACAGCAGCUGGUCUUUGUGAUGGGGGUAGCGGGAGCCGCCCAGCACUACUGCAGGAAUUACAACCAGACUUGUCUAAGCAGUUUCCCAGCAGAAAAUGUCUUCAAUGCAUCCCAAAGGGACAAUAGUCCCCGCCACAGUCUAGUUUCCAAGUUCAAUGUGGGAGAGACUUCAACUUCAGGAGUGAGAAACAACUCCAGCACUCACUCAGCUGUAGAAGAGGGGGUCGCCAUCACAGAUUACUUCACCAGACAAGGGUAG